GUACAUCUGGCGCAAGAGUCCUUAUUUCCCAGGUAUUGAGCAAGAUUUAAUUUCUUCCUUCUGGCCAACCCUACCAUCUGGCUUUGAAGCUGCUUAUGAAAUUGACAAAAAGGAUCAAGUGUUUCUUUUUAAAGGCAACCAAUACUGGGUUGUCAGUGGAUACUCUGUACAUCCAGGUUUUCCUAGGAACAUCCACACCCUGGGCUUUCCAAGAUAUGUUAAGACAAUUGAUGCUGCUGUUUAUGAUGAGAAUACAAAAAAAACGUACUUCUUUGUAGGUGACAAGUAUUGGAGUUAUGAUGAAGUCACCGAAUCCAUGGAAAAGGGUUAUCCAAGACGCAUAUCAGUUGACUUUCCAAGAAUUGGCAAUAAGGUUGAUGCUGCUUUUCAGGAAAAAGGAAAUUUCUAUUUUUUCCAUGGAUCAAAGCAGUAUGAGAUAGACACCAAGUCCAAGAAAGUUAUUCGUGAAAUGCAGAGCAAUAGUUGGUUUGACUGCAAAUAA